AUGGUCGCCGCCAAGCAACUCAGCCUCGCCGCUCUCGUCUGGCUCGGCCUUGCCAGCCAGGGUCUCGCCCUCCAGGUCGACCAGGCAUCCAACGAUCUCACACUAGUGGAGAGAGCCGAAGCCCCCAGCGGCAAGAUGGGCGUCGCCCUUGCGCCCAACCAGAAGCUCCCCAAGGUUGGAGCCGCCCACAAGGCUGGCAAGAGCGGCAAGCUCGGUGUUGCCCUAGCCCCCAACCAAAAGAUUUCCAAGUCUGGAAAGAGCCACAAGGCCGGGAAGCACACCGCCGGUGCUGCUUCCGGCAAGAAGGCCCACAAGGCUGGUAAGCUGAGCGUUGCUCUCGCCCCCGAAUCCAAGCCCGAGCACAAGGAGAGGGACCUCGAGGAGCGCAAGAUCACCGCCAAGGGUGUUGCCAAAGGUGUUGGCAAGGUCGCCAAGGGUGCCCUGAAGCUCUUGUUCCGUGACCUCGAGGAGCGGGACGUUGAUGAACUCGAGGAGCGAGACCUCGAGGAACUCAUCGCUCGCUAUUAUGACGAGGAAGAGCUUGUUGCUCGCGACCUCGAGGAGCGCAAGAUCAGCGCCAAGGGUGUCGCUAAAGGCAUUGGUAGGGUUGCCAAGGGCGCCCUCAACAUCCUCCUCCGCGACAUCGAAGAGCGUGAUAUUGACGAACUUGAGGAGCGAGACCUCGAGGAGCUCGUUGAGCGCUACUUCGACGAGGAGGAGCUCACUGCCCGAUACUAUGAUGAGACCGAGCUUGAUGAGCGUGACCUUGAGGAGCGCAAGAUCACUGCCAAGGGCGUUGCGAAGGGUGUUGGCAAGGUCGCUAAGGGCGCCUUGAAGCUGUUCUUCCGUGACCUUGAGGAGAUCGAAGAACGCGACUUUGAGGAACUUGAUGAGCGUGAUCUCGAGGAGUUGGAGGAGCGCGACCUUGAAGAGCGCAAGAUCACUGCUAAAGGUGUUGCCAAGGGUGUCGGCAAGGUCGCCAAGGGCGCCCUGAAGCUCUUCUUCCGUGACCUCGAUCAGCUCGAUGAGCGUGACCUGGAAGAGCUUGACGAGCGUGACAUCGAGGAGCUCGCUGCCCGAUACUUCGAUGACUCUGAUAUUGAGGAGCGCGAUCUUGAGGAGCGAAAGGUCACUGCCAAAGGCGUUGCCAAGGGCAUCGGCAAGGUCGCAAAGGGAGCCCUGAAGCUCCUCUUCCGUGAUCUGUCCGAGCGCGAAGUCGAGGAUCUGGAUCAGCGUGACAUUGAUGAGCUCGUCGCCCGUCACUUCGAUGAGGAGGAGCUUGUUGCCCGAUUCUUCGACGAGACUGAGCUCGAGGAGCGCGACCUUGAGGAGCGCAAGGUUAGCGCUAAGGGCGUUGCUAAGGGCAUUGGCAAGGUCGCCAAGGGAGCUCUGAAGCUCCUCUUCCGCGAUGUGGAGGAGCGCGAUCUUGAGGAUGAGCUUGCUGAGCGUGACAUGGGUGAUCUUGUAACUCGCUACUUUGACGAGAGUGAGCUUGGUCUCGAGACCCGUAUGAUCAGAGCCGGCUUCAACCGAGGCCCUGUCCACAAGCCAGGACGGAUGUCUAUUGCUUAG